CAUGGAUAAUAAGCAUUUGAAAUAGGAUUUGAACUCAGGUUCUCUGACUCCAGAGCCAGGGCUCUUUCCACUCUGCCUCCCUGAUCUUGGUGGAAGGAGUCUGAAGGGGGUAAGACAUUUCUGAAAUUCUGGAAAAAUGUGCAUGGGUAAGGGAAGAAGGGCAGGAGACCCCAGGUGGAGUGCAGGUGCUGACCUGGGCUUACGCGUCUUCUUCCUCCAAGAUCUGGGGCUCUGUGUCACUGUGUAACAGGUCCUGUGUCAUUGGCUUUUUUCAUUCCAAUGUCUGUGACAGUAUGACUGUACCAGCCGUCGUGCUGUACCAUGGCAUUAAAAUGAAGUAUUGGGAUGGAGGCGGUGUGUGGCUUGUCUUCUUUGGGCUGGUUGCCUUCUCUCCCCUACCCCCAACUUCACAGAACCAUGCGAUUCAGAGAUAGAAGGAACCACAGUGCUCAUCUGGCUGGACCUCAUCAUUUUACAGAUGAAGACUCCAAGGCCAAGAAAGGCCCAUUCCAUUGGGAUACCAUUGUGACUGCCAACACUCAGCUCAGUCGGAUUCCCAGUCUCCGCGUCCUAUCCCGCCCCCUCGCCCACUCUCUACGUCUUAUCCCCGCCCCCUCGCCCACUCUUCCGUUCUACCCCGCCCUCUGCGUGGCUCUGCGUUCCAGCUCCGCCCCUCUCCCAGCUCCGCUCUCUGAAGUCUUCGUCCAAUCAGAGCCUCGUGUCCGCCCUCUGAGGGGGAGGAAGAAGCAAAGGAAAGGCUCUCCUUGGCCGGGCCCGGUCCAAGGACUCGUGACGCAAUGUCAGGUGAUGCGUGACGUAAUCACGUCGGCCUGCGCAAGGGGCGGGGUCUGCGCGCGCGCGCCCGCGGACGGUGAGGGCGCUGGCGCCGCCGUCGGCGCCGGGUCGGGGGGCGGGGCGGAGCCGGGGCGGGGCGUGGCCAGGGCCGGGCCGGGCGGGCCUGGAGAGACUCGGAGGGAAGGCACGGGCCGGGAGGCAGGCGGUGGGACCGGAGCACGGCCGGGCCGGGAGCACGGCGCCCCAGCCCUCGGGCCAUUCCGCGCGGGCGAACCGGAGUCCCCCGCCGCGCCCUUAGGAGCCCCGCGCCAGGGCUGGCCGGCGCCCCGCUUUGAGAGCCUCCGAGGUUGGCGGCCAGGGACUUGGGGGUCCAGGGCCCAGAAGAGGGCAAGAGCCCCUGACCUCACCCAGCCCCCUCAUUCUACGGAGGAGGAAACUGAGGCCGCGAGAGGGGACGCGGCUUAG